AGCUAUCCACCCACCCAUCCAUCCAUCCAUCUAUCUAUCUACCUAUCUACCUAUCUAUCCAACCUGUCUGUCUGUCUGUCCUGCGGAUAAACCAUCCCCCUCUUCACCCCGCUCCGACUCUACUCCCUAUCAUCUUUUUCCUCUCGAACCACAACCACAUCUCCGACCAUGUCUGAAGACGCCCCUCCCACUGCCUCAGACAUCAGAAGACCCUCCGUCGUGAUCGAGGCCAAGAAGACCGACGACGGCCCCCGGUCCAUCAUCCAGGAUGAGAAGCACCGUCCGGACAACCUCAAGGACCGUUUUCUGGGUGCCAUCGAUCAGGGAACGACCAGUUCCCGUUUCAUCAUCUUCGACGGCACCGGUGUGCCCAUCGCCUCCUACCAGUCCGAAUUUCGUCAGAUUCACGAGCAGUCAGGAUACCAUGAGCACGACCCCCAGGAGCUGGUGGACUCGGUCAACAAAUGUAUCGAGGAGGCGAUGAAGAACUUCCUGGCCCUGGGCCACUCCCGCGCGGAUAUCGAAGCCAUCGGGAUCACCUCGCAACGAGAGACCACCCUGGUCUGGGACUGGGAGACCGGGGAGCCGCUGUAUAACGCCAUUGCGUGGCCAGACACCCGCACCAAGGGUCUGGUGAGAGAGCUGCGAGAGAAGCCUGGUGCGGACGAGCUCCUCAACAUUUGCGGUCUGCCACUGUCCACAUACCCUUCGUCCGUCACGUUGGUGUGGAUGCUGCGAAACAUUCCCGAGGUCAAGAAGGCGUACGAUGAGGGACGACUCGCCUUUGGUACCGUCGACACAUGGCUGCUGUACAACCUGAACGGCAAGCGGAAAAACAACGUCUUCGUUACCGAUGUCACCAACGCAUCACGGACCAUGUUCAUGAACCUGCACGAACUGAAGUAUGAUGACAAGCUGCUGGAAUUCUUCGAGAUCGACAGGAAUAAGAUUCGACUCCCCAAGAUCGUCCCCUCAUCCGAUCCCGACGAGUUUGGCUACAUCGCUUACGGCCCUUGCGAGGGUGUCAAGAUCGCAAGCUGCCUGGGAGACCAGUCGUCGGCCCUGGUGGGCCACUGUGCUUUCACCCCCGGCACGGCGAAGAACACCUAUGGAACCGGUUGCUUCUUGCUCUACAACGUUGGCGACAAGCCAGUGAUUUCCAAGCACGGUCUGCUGGCCACCGUUGGAUUCCAGCUGGGACGGGACCGACAACCCGUCUACGCCCUGGAGGGCAGUGUGGCUGUGGCAGGCAGUGGUGUCUCGUUCCUGAUGAACAACCUGGGUUUCUUCCGUGAUUCCCGGAAGGUGAGCGAAGUCGCGGCCACCGUGCCGGACAAUGGAGGCUGCGUCUUCGUCACCGCUUUCUCUGGUCUUUUCGCCCCGUACUGGAUUGACGAUGCGAAAGGAACCAUCUUCGGUAUCACCCAGCACACUCAGCGUGGACAUAUCGCGCGUGCGACCAUGGAAGCUGCGUGCUUCCAGACGAAGGCUAUCCUGGAUGCCAUGGUGUUGGACAGUGGCCACAAGCUCUCUGAGCUGGCGGUGGAUGGCGGAAUGAGUAACUCCGACAUCUGCAUGCAGUCUCAAGCUGAUAUCAUCCGAAUGCCCGUCGAGCGGCCGUCUAUGCAUGAAACUACGGCCCUGGGCGCCGCAAUCGCGGCCGGAUUCGCCGUUGGCAUCUGGAAGGAAUUUGACGAGCUGAAGCACAUGAACCGUGCUAACCGUACGACCUUCACCCCGAAGAUCUCCCCGCUGGAAAGUGCGAAGAUGUACAAGCAGUGGUCGAAGGCAGUUGAAAUGUCUCGAGGCUGGCUGGACACCAGUGAAAUCGACACGGAGUCGAUAUGAGAGGCCUGAAACUAAUUUAGUUAUGCCACAAUAAAAUAUAUAUAUACAACUCUAUAUCAUGAUGGCGCUUCCAUCUAUAAGCUUGCAUCCCGUAUAACUUGGUU